AUGUCGAAUUCCUUCCAAACUAGCACUGAGCCCUGGUCUUGUGAACGAUGUACCUUUAGAAACGAGGCCAUUGAUUUAACCUGCGUAAUGUGCUACCAGACCCGUACAGACGCCAAAGAUCUUCCGGUGCAGUGGGAAUGGCGCGCAAAUCCAGAUCAAUGGAUUCCUUAUGAUUUGGCAUCCUCGGCAGAAUUAGAAGAUGCUUACCAGCGCAGAGAUGCGAUGCUUAGUCCAACACGUGGGUUCUUUGCGUCAACUUCAGAUCGUUAUGAGAUUCGAUUCAAUUAUGCCAUACCUCGAUUUCAACAGCACAACUUGAAUUCAGGAGGAACACGACGAAUGCGAAGAGUCGCUAAUGAUGAUAACUCAAUUUUACAACCGGUUGCGAUUUCCGAGGUUACAACUGAAGACACAUGUAUCAUCUGUCUGGAUGGGUUUCAGGACCCGAAUUCAACCACGUCAGAUCAACAUAUUGUUAAACUUCCACCGUGUCAUGGGCAUUAUUUUCAUAGGGUGUGCGUUGCUG